AUGGAAAAUAUUGAUGAUGAUGAUGGCUCAACUUAUAAACGUCGUCGACGACUAGUCGGUGAGAUUGGUGAUAAUAUUCCCUCAUCUGAAUAUGAGAAUUUUAAUGAUACACCAUAUGAAGAAAACUUAGUGACAAUUUCUCAAUACUUUAAAUUAACAGAAAUUGAAUUACCUCCAUCAGAAGAUAUUAAUAAUAAUUCACUACCACAACGUGGUGAUUUAUUACACGUAAUAUAUAAUGAAACAAAAGUUUUUGGAUACCUUGAUAAAGUUGUAAAAAAAAAAAGAACUGAUUAUGAUUAUUUCUAUGUUUUUACAGUAAUAACGAAAUUAAAUAUUUCAUUUCCUAACAAUGAAAUUAUUAGAUUGACAAGUGUUAAAUCGUUGCAACAAACUUUACGUAUAAUGUAUGGUCUUGAAAAAAUACAAGAUUCACCACUGUUUCAUAUGAUAAUGAAACCAGAUAUUAAUGACUACAUCAUAUCUCAAGGAAAGCCAUUUGAACUUGAUGAAAUGAUGGAAGAUAAUUUAAAUCCAAGUGAAUCAAUGAUGGAAAAUGAUUCAAAUUCAAGUGAACCAAUGAUCUCUCAAGUGUCAACACUUGAACAAAAAUUAAAUGACAUGCAAUUAAAAAUUGUUUCUAGUAUUUUACAAACAGUUCAAGAAUCAAAGCCAAAAAUUUGUAUGGUACAAGGACCACCUGGUACUGCGACUGAUAGUGUCCUCUUUAAAGUAUUAAAUAUUCGAAGUAAACUGAAGAAAAGUGGAGUCGAAUUAAAUAUCGUUAGAGUUGGAAGAGAUGGAAAAAUUGAUCCAAAAGUCAAAGAAGUUACACUGUCAGAUAUUUUAAAGAAUGAAUAUAGAGAACAUGUGUCUGAAUCAAAAAAUAAAACUGCUCAACAGCAUGGAAUUGAAGAAAGUAUCAUACAACGUGCUGAUAUUAUAGCAUCUACAUUAACUAGUUGUUAUAAUAUGAAAAUGGAAAUUGUAUUUGGUCAAAGUUCGGGUCAUAAAAUUCCAAUUUGUAUUGUUGAUGAAGCUGGACAAUCAACUGAGCUUGCAUCAUUAAUUCCAUUAUUACUUGGUGUUAAAAUUUUGAUUCUUGUUGGUGAUCCACAACAAUUACCACCAACAAUUAUAUCUCGGGAUGCUAAAAGACAUGGAAUGGAUGUAUCAUUAUUUGCGAGAAUACAAAAAAUAUUUCGAAAAGAAUCAAUAAAUCCAAUACAGAUGUUAAAUGUCCAGUAUCGAAUGGCAGAUGAAAUUGCCUUGUGGCCAAAUAAAUAUUUUUAUUCAAAAGAAAUUUUAAAUGAUACGAAAAAUGGAUAUCCUUACAUGUGUCAUUAUAAAAUUUUUAAUCACAAUGAAAAUCAAAGUUCAAAUAGACACUCAAAUAUUAAAGAAGCAAAAUUUAUUUGUGAUCUUCUUGAUGUAAUUAUUGAUAAGCUAAUAAUUGUCAAACAAAAAUCCAGUAUAAGUAUCAUCACACCUUAUCGUGAUCAGAAAAGAAUUAUCAGUAAUAACAUUGAACAAAAAUUGUUGGAUUUAAAUGAAAAAUCAGAGCCUAAAAAAACUGAAUAUUGGGAGAACAUUGAUGUUAAUACUGUUGAUAGUUUUCAAGGACAAGAGCAAGAUAUUAUUAUAAUGUCUUGUGUUAGAAGCAAAGGUAUUGGAUUUGUCUCAGAUCCAAAUCGACUCAAUGUCAGUUUGACAAGAGCUAAACAUUCAAUGAUACUUUUUGGAAAUUUUGAAGCUUUUAAAUCGAACAAAAUGUGGUGUGCUUUGUUGGACGAUGCCAAAAAACGUAAUGCUUAUAUUGACAUUAAUCGAAAAACACAAUACAAAGAUUUUAAAAAAUUAAUUUUUUCUCAUAAUUAA